GGCCUGUCUCCGAGCGCCGCGGGCUUAUCCCAUUCACCUGUAGGAAUUACCAUAUCCAAUGAACACAAGACUUUCCGACACACACAGGCACACUCUUUGACCCUUCUCUCUCCAUAAAUUUCAUUCAAAUCUCUUUCUAGAAGUAAAUGCGCUUCACGCUUCCCCCAUCUAAAACUCCAAAAUAACUUCUAACAACUUUUAAAAACCCUUUGAUUUCACUUCAAAUUGCAGCAGUUAGCUGGUUGUUCGACCUCCAUGUCGUAAUAUUCAAGUCUCUUUGGAUCUGAUUCCUGCCUGAACCUUGGAUUCUUUUCAGAGAAGAGGGUUUUCAGUUUGGGCCAAUUUUAAUUUGACACAGUAUUUGGAGUUUGUCAGUCGAUGGUGAUAUGGGUUAUCAAACUUCCGACUUGGGUCCUGAUUGAAGCCGGGGAAAGAAAUUGGUACUUUUAGUGCAUAUCUUUCGCGAAAUUUGGGGAAUAUUUAGUUACUGAUUGAAGCUAGGGUUUGUCGUAGAGGAGGAGGAAGUAUUUUAUGAAAUCUUAAAGGAAAGAUGUUUUAUUCACAGUUUAUAUUAGCAAAAAAAGGUCCUUUAGGGACAAUAUGGAUUGCAGCACAUCUGGAGAGGAAGCUCCGCAAAAAUCAGGUUGCAGAUACUGAUAUUGGCUUCUCUGUAGACUCGAUUCUUUUCCCUGAGAUGCCAAUUGCACUCCGGUUGUCCAGCCAUCUUUUGCUUGGUGUGGUUAGGAUAUACUCAAGAAAGGUAAAUUACCUUUUUGAUGAUUGCAGUGAGGCUUUGCUUAAAGUAAAGCAAGCUUUUCGGUCCACUGCUGUUGACUUACCACCUGAAGAAUCCACUGCUCCAUAUCACUCCAUCACCUUGCCAGAGACUUUUGAUCUAGAUGAUUUUGAGCUGCCAGACAGUGAGAUUUAUCAGGGUAAUUAUGUUGAUCAUCACAUUAGCUCAAAGGAACAGAUCACACUUCAAGAUACUAUGGAUGGUGUUGUUUACUCUACAUCUAACUUUGGACUUGAUGAGAGAUUUGGUGAUGGUGAUGCAUAUGGUUUGGACCUUGACGAGGAACUAUUGGUGGAGAAGGCUGCAUCUGCAGAAGAUGCUACUGGUACAUCGAAUUCAGAUGUUGAUCCUCAGGCAUCUGCCCAGGUUGAUGCAUUGUUCAAGUAUGAUCAUAAUCAGGAUACCCCGACUAUUCCCGAGGAUAUGCCAGCUGGCGAUAUUAUGAAUCAGCAUAUAGAUGAGUAUGAUGGAGAUAAUGAUCCAGUUGAAUAUGCACAUGCUCCAUGUACUCCUGGACUAUGGGAAGAACCAAAUUUGUCCAACAUUCAAGAAACUUCUGCAUAUGAUGAUCAUCAAGAACCAGAAAAUCAUCCCAUAACAGUAUUUGCUGUGAAGGAGAAUUUAGAAAAUGACUCCAGUGAGCAACAUCAUGCUCAAUUCGAGCCACUUGAGAAAUCACCACCACACAUUGCAACAACAGAACAGAUGUCACUUGAGCAAUCACCACCACACAAUGUGACAUCAACAGAACAGAUGUCACUUGAGAAAUCACCACCACACGUUGUGACAACUGAACAGAUGUCACUUGAGCAAUCACCACCACACAAUGUGACAUCAGCAGAACAGAUGUCACUUGAGAAAUCACUACCACACAUUGUGACAACAGAACAGAUGUCGAUGUAUGAUCCUGGUUCCACACCUUUUACAGAAUCACAUAUGGCUGACCAAGUUAGGUCAAUGUCUCCAAUAGCAGAGGUGUCUGAAACUGUUGUUUCUGUGGUUGAUGAUUCUGUCAAAUUGGUGAAUUUGCUUAAUAAAAGUGCCACACACCAGGAGCCUGAAGUUCAGACUGUAGAUGAUAACUGUGAAAACUAUGUAGAAGAACAUCAAGGCAUGUCAAACAAUGUAGUCAAUCAUGAGAAUGCAUUCCACCCUACCAUGGAAUUGGAAUUAAACACUGAACCCUCUGAUGAACAACACACCCUUGUGACUCCCCAAGAUCAGGCUUUUAUGCAACCUAAAGAUUCCACAAUUCCAGUUCAGUCAACUCAUGACAGCAUGCCAAGUUUUGACUUUAUGGGUCUGAGGCCAUGUGUCACUCUUUCGAAUCAUGAGAAUGCAUUCCAGCCUACCAGUUCUCUUCCACCAUCUGAAUUUACUUCCCUGCCCUUGCCCUCAACAUCUAGGAGGGAGGAACAUGAACAGGAACACCCCAGUGCUCCCAUUUUGGUGCAAGGGGAAGUAGUACUAGUACCACAUGCAAAUGCAACUGAACCAUUGGAAAGAAACUUGCAGGAAACAUAUCAUGCUGAAGUUGGUCCAAGUAAUACAGUAGUCCAGGUGGCAUCUAGCAUACUACCAAACAGACAGGUGGACAAUGUAAUUGAAAGAGAUGUUCAGGUUUAUAAUACCAACAGCUACACAUCAAACUUCCCUCCCCCUGAGAAAGUGCUCUCUUUUUCACAAGGGCAUGAUAUAAUAGAGGUCCCAGAAAGAGAAAAUACUACACCCAUACAUCAAAGCACAUUCACAUCUAGCAUUAGCAUAUCAAACAGACAGUUGGACAGUGUAAAUGAAAGAGAGGUUUAUGUAAAUAACAGCAACAGCUACACAGCCAACUUCCCUGCCCCUGAGAAACUGCUCUCUUUUUCACAACAUGUACCCAACAACAUGAACAUGAACAUGAACAUGCUACCAGAAACCACACCCAUCAUAGCACCACCAGGUUAUGGAGGUGAUACUGGAACCAAUAAUAGGUAUUCAGGAAGAAAACGCAGUAUCACAGAAAGCUCAAUGUCAGCUCAGAGUUUGAAUUUCAAUUUAAAUGAAUCUUCCAGUUUUUACACCACAAAUACCACGAAAGAAUCUUUUCGGGAUGAUGAUUUGUUGUCAUCGAUAUUAGUGGGAAGAAACACUUCAAUAUUAAAAAUGAAGCCCACUCCUACUCCUCCCACCGAGGCACCAUCUACAAAAAGAAGGCGGCAAUCUGCACCCAAGACUGCAGGAGCAACAACCAAAACUGGGGUAUCAAAAAGGAAGGUGCUCAUGGAUGAUAACAUGGUUUUGCAUGGCGACACAAUACGUCAGCAAUUGACAAACACAGAAGACAUUCGGAGAUUAAGAAAGAAAGCUCCUUGCACUCAUGCUGAAAUUUCAAUGAUUGAGAAACAGUUUUGGGAAGAUGAACUUUUUGGUAGAUCCAUAAUUACGGGAAUGUCAAUCAAAUUGACUUCUUUGCAGCGUCAGUUGUAUGAUAUAAGUAAAAUUGUUGUCUCCCAAUAUGAUAAUGCUUCUUUAGAAGGUGUAACAGACCAAAAAUCAAUUUCCCAAAAUGAUGAAAAGGACAUACAACCGGAAAUGGCGACUGAAAACACGGGUGUCUCUGUUGAACCAGAUGUUCCUAAAGAAAACAAAGAUCAUGAUGAUAGCUUUGAUCCUGUUCCCAUGAUAAUUGAUGUUUCUGAAGAAGCACAACCAGUGGAUGUUCCCAAAGAAGACAGAGAUGAGGAUAACUUUGAUCCUGUUGUUAUGAAAGAUAAAGAUGUUUCUGAAUCACAGCCAAUCGAUGUUCCCAAAGAAAAUAGAGAUGGAGAUAACUUUGAUUCUGAAUCACAGCCAAUCGAUGUUCCUAAAGAAAAUAGAGAUGAAGAUAACUUUGAUUCUGAAUCACAACCAAUCGAUGUUCCUAAAGAAAAUAGAGAUGAAGAUAACUUUGAUUCUGAAUCACAACCAAUUGAUGUUCCUAAAGAAAAUAGAGAUGAAGAUAACUUUGAUUCUGCUGUUAUGAAAGGUAAAGAUGUUUGUGAAUCACAACCAAUCGGUGUUCCUAAAGAAAACAGAGAGGAGGAUAAUUUUGAUCCUGUUGUUAGGGAAGAUAAAGAUGUUUCUGAAGCACAACCAUUUGACAACAACACACAUGAUAUUGAUAACAAUACCAGAAAUUUAGAUUAUUAUGAGAAUCAAGAACAGAUGCAUACAACUGGAGAUUUUACCGAACUCUUUGGUCCAGAACAUGAUAUUUUGGAUCAUGCUACUGCAAUGGAGAUCGAUGGCAAUAGCUUUCAAGAUGCUGAUGUUGGAGUUUCUGUUAUGCAUACCGAGGUUGAAUCUGAAUCACUGACACAUGCUGAUGUGGUCCCAAGUGAUACAAAUGACACGUCAGCAGCAGCAGCACCGUUUGAGGUUGAAAAGAGCAGCCAGAUGGUUGCUCCUCUGCUAAUGGGCCCACCACCAGGUUUCGGUACAUAUGAAAGAAUAGAUGUACAGUCUGCUGCUGAGGUGGAUAUAAAUAUUAAUCAUUCUAUUGAAAGCAACGUUGCUUCUGAAAGAAAGGUUGAUGAUGAGUCGGUUAGAGAAGAAAGACAAGAAGCUGUUUUAGAUGCUUCCACUGCAUUCUCUUCUGAGACUGAUGGCUUAAAUCCACACAUUGACACUGAAAUCAGGAACAAUGAGGAAGAGAACAACUCGGUCUCCAAUGGUGAUGUCUUUGGUGAAGCAGUUGCAGCAUAUGAUGCUGUAGACAAUCAGGUGUUGGAAGACAUUUUAUUGGAUGAAAGAGAAAAGGCAGGUCAUGAUGUUACUACUACUUCAUUGAAUCUAGAAGAUAUCCCUACCGAUAACAGGGUUGAUGCUGAUGAUGAUCAUAUGUAUUCUGGAGUUGCAAAUGAUACAGAUUUUCUGAAUUUUGAUGACGUGGAUGAUGACGAGGCUGGAGAAGCAGCUGAUGAUUACAUGCCUGAUGGGGAAGAAACAAAGAUGCUUGACAACACUGGAUGGUCUUCGCGUACAAGGGCUGUUGCAAAAUACCUUCAGAUUAUGUUUGACAAGGAAGGAGAGCGUGGAAGGAAUUUGCUUGGUGUGAACAACCUGCUAGCUGGAAAAACACGCAGGGAAGCUUCAAGAAUGUUCUUUGAAACAUUGGUUUUAAAGACAAAGGAUUACAUCCAUGUGGAACAGACAGAUCCGUUUGAAAACAUAAAUGUAUUUCCACGUUCCAAGCUUUUGAAAUCAGAAUUUUAAAGGAGGAGGAGGAGAAGUUGAUUGUGGUUACUUUAGAUCUUUUGUUACUUUGUGUAUGGUCUCAAGAGAGUAAAUUAAUUAGUUAUGUUGUUUUGGUAGAGUUAUAACAUGGACUGGAGUUGAAUAGAUGAAUCAUGUAGCAAACACACACAUUUAAUGCUUGUUAGAGGUUGUCAUGUAAUGUUGUACGUACGGAUCAUGCAUAUUUAUUUGUAAAUAAGCACAUAGAGUUUAAUCCAUGCUAAUUUACUCA